AUGAAUAUUGAGCUUGAACCGAGACCCGUUUCACGGGUAGGAACAACACCCGAAGCGCACAAUGACACCGCCGAAUUGGAGCUUCCACAAGCUGACAUCGAUAAUGGCCACGAUCAAGCUGGUAUCAUGUCAUCACAGGAUCCCGAAUCCAGAGCCCAAACUGUACAUUCAUCCCCCAAGGAAAGUUGUGCUCAUGAACGCUUAGGGCAGGAAGAAGGGUCCCAAAGCCACACGAGUCAGGAGGUUAUCGAUGGCAAUGUGCAUCCGAUUGAUCUGAAUGAUCAAAUCCUCCUCUCUAAAAUCAGAGACCUGCUGAUUGCCAGGCUAGAUCGUGCCAGGCAGGUGGCCGGUAGCACGGUAAGAAGUACUGAGUCCAGAUGGAUGCGAGAUACGUUUGACGCUGAUAACAGCGAAACUCCGGACCCACUUUGGUGGAGCGAUGAUUACAUUGGGGGUGCUUGGCCUGCGAGUCGGGAUGUCCCAGGGGUAGUGCAAUAUAUAAUCGGGCAUGGUGCCGAAGUCCUAUCUCACUGGUCAUCGCGUUGGCGGACACAGAUGGACGAUCAAAAUACACCGUACGACAGGAUUGAAAGCGUAUGGCGUGACUGGUGCUGCGCAGCCAGAGAAGAAAUGUGUGGCACGGUUGGAAACUCGUCUUCAGAUCAUAGGAUUGGGAGGAUUGGAAUUAUAGGCAAGAUUGUGACGUGGUGGCUGAGCCCUUUUGCUAGUUAUUGUGCGUCGAAUGAGUUCCAAAAGGGAGCCCGAGGCUUCCCCAUACCCAUUCUUGCUUGCGGUUUAAGCUUCGAGGAGCCCUUCCGCUUAUCAAGCAGCGAGAUGGCUGACUUGGAUGUGGGAAAAUCGACAUCAUUUCUUUCCACGGACUUUCGAGGGGGAUACAGCGUGCAAACCGACCAUGAUCUACAUAAUGCUAUUCAUUGGCAAAUUCGCUAUUUCAGCCCAGUUUACCAGAUCCGAAACAAUAGAACAAGGAGUCUAUUUAGCAAGCGGCAAACAACGAGGUUGCAACACGGGUCAGGGAUAACCAUCCUGCAGGAGAAGCGAAUUGUGGUAAGUUUUCGAGUUCUGAGGGAAACUUCGAGACUCUUCAGCAUACUCGUCCUCAAGGAUGAGGACAUGUUUCCAGAUGUUCAAUCACCGGAUCAGCAAUUUGACGUUAAAUCGUUUUGGAAAGGCUAUAUCGACUUUGAACUGCACUAUAUACCCCCCCUUACGUAUUAUUUACUCGAGAUAUGCAGAGCGUUCAAGAUGUGUAUGGAUGCUUGGGAGGAGACCCUAAGUACCAUAGAUAAGCUUGUCCUUGUCAAGUUAGAAGACUUGGAUAAUCUUGAAAGGGUAGAGGAGCUUAUGUUUGAUAGUUCUUUUAAACGUUCUAGGGACUACUUUGUUGCUCUCCAGAUUUUGAGAAUUAUCGACGAGUGGCUGGAUGAGGUUCAGUCAACUGUCGAAGACAUGUCCAAAGAUCAUGUCCUAUUAAAGGCAUCUAUGUGGGAUGAUGGCUAUACAUCAAAUCGUUCUUUCGGAGUCGCUGUUCGUUAUGUGAACGAACAUGCUACUGCAACCAAGAGUCGGGUUCAGAAGAAACGGGAAGAAAUCAACAGUCUUCGGGAUGGUUUGUUCAAUGCCACAUCUCUUCGAGAGUCUACCAAGGCUAUGGCAUUGAACCAGGCAAUUUAUGUCUUCACUGUUGUUACGGUACUCUUCACACCAGUGAGCUUCUUAGCGACGUUUUGGGCUUUGCCGUUCUUGAACAACCCAGCAGAGGGCAGUGGUACGAUACCAGAGCCUUCAGCAUUUCGCAACAGCUUCAUUAUCAUGCCUAUCCUCACCUACGCCCUGGUCAUUGGUGUCGCGUGGGUCGUGGGAAAACGCAACAGUGUCCGUGCACUAUUGGAUCUGCUCAGAAAAUAUUGGGCAAAAUCGACGUCGCUCAUGAGAUCCGCAUGGAGCUCGCGUCCAUGGAUGCCCUGA